AUGGCCCGACACCCUCUCGACCCCCUGCACGCCGACGAGAUCGCGCAGGUCGUCAAGAUUCUGAACCACUGUCAGAGGAGCAAGCUCCGAUUCAAGGUCAUCACUCUCGAUGAGCCCCGGAAGCAAGACCUCAUCCCCUACCUUGAGGCUGAGAGGUUGGGCGAUCUUUUGCCUACUCCUCCCAACAGGAAGGCUUACGUCUACUUUCACACCCUUGAUGAUCACAAGUUCCACCGUGGAGUUGUCAACAUUACUACCAACACGGUCGAGGUUGACCAAAUUCUUGAGGGUAUCCAGGGUCCUGCCGAUGCCGAUGAGCAGAUUGAGAUUGAGGAGGUGUGCAAUGUUCACCCCGUUGUCUUGGCCGAGAUUGAAAAGCUCAAGCUUCCUCCGAAUGCACGCGUGUUGAACGACCCCUGGGGAUACGGCACCGACGACGCCAGCAUCAAGAGCGACCGCCGUCUCAUCCAAUGCUACAUGUACGCCGCCCUAUCCGACGACCCCGAGGCCAACCACUACUCGAUUCCACUGCCAUUCUCCCCCGUCUUCGACUCCAACACAAAGGAACUUGUCCGCAUCGACCGACUCCCCCUGAACCACGACGACGAGCGCGUCGAUACACAAGCAUGGAUCCCUCGAAAGGCUGUCGAGUACAGCACCGCUCUUCUGGAGCAGGGUGGUCUGCGACAAGACCUGAAGCCCCUUCAGGUUCAGCAGCCUGAGGGUCCUUCUUUCAGCGUCGACGGUCACCUUGUUGAGUGGCAGAAGUGGCGAUUCCGUCUCGGCUGGAACGUUCGUGAGGGUCCUCUCCUGCACAACGUCACCUACGAUGGCCGAAACGUCCUGUACCGUCUCUCCCUGAGCGAGAUGACUGUUCCCUAUGCCGACCCUCGACAGCCUUACAUCCGCAAGCAGGCGUUUGAUCUGGGUGACAUUGGUCUGGGAAUGACUUCCAACUGUCUGACCCUGGGUUGUGACUGCUUGGGUGUUAUCCGUUACUUUGAUGGUUUCCGCGUCAAUGCCAAGGGAGAGACGGUCAAGAUGAAGAAUGUCAUCUGCAUGCACGAAAUUGAUAACGGCAUUGGCUGGAAGCACACCAACUACCGUAAUGCCACAUCCUCUGUCGUUCGUGAUCGACGCCUGGUGAUUCAGUGUACCGCUACCGUGUCCAACUACGAGUACAUCCUUAUGUGGACCCUCGACCAAGCCGCUAACAUCCACUGCGAAGUCCGUGCAACUGGUAUCGUCUCGACGAUGCCCGUCAACGACGGCGUCAAGCUGCCCUGGAUGACCCGCGUAGCCGACGGCGUCGGUGCCGCAUACCACCAGCAUCUCUUCAACCUCCGAAUCGACCCAGCCAUCGACGGCUUCUCCAAUACCAUCGCCUACGAAGAUUCCGAGCGCACACCCGAGGAUCCCGUGCUGGACCCUUACGGCGUCGGCUACUACGCCAAGGUCACCGAGAUUGAGAGGCCCGGAGGCUACGAUCUGGACGUCAACAAGUCGAGAGUCUACAAGAUGAUCAACCCCUCCUCCAUCAACCCCAUCUCGGGAAAGCCAGCGGGCUACAAGCUCCACGCCCAUCCCUCUCAGAUGAUGCUCAUGCGUCCCCACGCCCCAGGCGCAAAGCGAGCCCUCUUCGGUAGUAAGCCCAUCUGGGUGACAAAAUACCAAGACGGCGAGCUCUACGCCGCAGGCGAGUUCACCAACCAGAGCGCCGCCGACUCUGGCCUUGCAGUGUGGGCCAAGCGCGACGAGAACGUCAAGGACACGGACGUCGUGCUCUGGCACUCCUUCGGUCUCACGCACAACCCUCGACCUGAAGAUUUCCCCGUCAUGCCCAUGGAGAUGAUUAAGGUUGAGCUGCGACCGACGAGCUUCUUUACCAUGAACCCUAGCAACGACGUGCCUAGGUCCAACCAGAAGGUUAACAAGUCGGUUCUUGUGCCUAGCUGCUGUGAUGGUCCUGCGACGUCUAGCCGGCUGUGA